CCUAUUGUACAUGUCUGCCAUCAUUUCCAUUUCAAGAUCUGCGACUAAUUUCAGCUGUGCCUCUGUAAUUCCAGCCAUUUUGAAACUAUAUAUAUCGUUUUCAAUUACAAAGUGGUUUUCUAAUGGCAACUGAAGCGACUUCAAAUUAACCACGUGAAUCAGCUGUCAAAAUAUACCGGAAGUUUACAACUUCGCGACAGUACUUUGAUAUCCGUUUCGUCGGUCCAAUGAAAUCCAAUGUAACAUGAAUGCAAAAUUAUUUUAGCCAAUCAGUGAAAAUGUAAUAAAUAAGCUUUCAGACAAGAAUGUUUUUGUGUUAGGAAAAAGAAAGUGACAGAUGUCUAAGCAAAAUUAAGUCGUUUAUGAAAUUAUAUAUAAUUUAAAAAGUUAAUAAAACCAUUCCGUUUUGCUCAACAUAUAUUCAGGGUAAUAUAGGCCAAUUCGAUUUUCUAAAGAUUAUUUUCCAAGGUUUUUAGACACUUUUGAAAGAUGGGGGAUUCAGAGCCAGACACAAAACUGUGUAAUAACUGCAAGAAGCAGAUCUCGGCCAAUAAUUUUGUAAUGCACGAGAUGCAUUGUAAACGCCACAUUUCAUUGUGCGAGCAAUGUAAUGAACCUAUUCCAAAAAAUGAAAUGGAAGUACAUUAUGAAGAAAAUCAUGCCAAGAUAAAAUGUCCUAAAUGUGAAACAGAAGUUGAGAAAAUGCAUUUAGAGGAACACGAGGAAAAUUCCUGCUCAAAGAAGCCUAUGCAAUGUGUGUAUUGUGAACUGGAAUUUCCAAAAGAUAAAUUAGACUCACACCUGGACUAUUGCGGGAGUCGUACUGAGCCGUGCCCAAAAUGUGGCCAGUUUAUAAUGCUUAAAGAACAGACUAAACAUGAUGACAGUAACUGUACUUAUCCUGAAGUAAAACCUAAAAAUAAUAAUGUGGCUGAUGGGCACAGAAGGCCUGAUGAUUUCUUAGAUGAUAUAUUUAGAAGUAGGGGAGGUAACACUGGAGGUAGAAGCAUGGGACUUAACUCUGGAGGGCAUGAUUUUGGCGGAUUUGUAGAUAAUUCAUUUGGUGCUGACUAUAUAGGUUCUAGGAGGCAGGCUAAUGUUCGCCAUACUUCAAAGGUUAACAAUAAAAAACCAGCAGUUGAUAAACAUUUAGGUUCUGCAGACAGAGAGUCUGAGUAUGACAGGUUACUGGCUAUGCACCUGGCAAAGGAUCUUCAUCAAGAUAAUAGCAUGGAGGAGAUGGUUAGGGAAUUUAACAAACCACAGUCCCCUACCGUCCCUAGCUCACAAGUCAAAUAUGGACGGAACUCUCUGUCAGAAGAUCUGGUGAUGAUACCGUGUGAGUUUUGUGGUGAACCAUUUGAUGCUGAUGACCUUGUUCAACAUCAGAGCGGCUGUUCGUUGGAGCGUAUAAGUGCCAUGUUACCACAGAUGACGACAGCCAACAACGUUAGAGACGUGCCCAACAGUCAAACAAACACCGUACAACCUCCCAGUAUCAUCAACAACCUACAGGCUUAUGGUGCUGAUGAAUGGCUGGACGAUACUGCUGAAACAGGGUAUGAUAUCCCACCUGAACGAGGCUUUGAUAUACCGCCUGAACGAGGCUUUAAUAUGCCAGCUGGAACAGGUUUUGAUGUACUAGCUGGAGGUACUGGUGACGACCAGUUUCUGCCUUGUGAAUUCUGCAAUGAACUUUUCCCGUUAGAUAAUCUUAUACAGCAUCAGGCCAUGUGUGACAGAAUGACAAUGACGCCCUUGCCACCGACUCCACCACAUGAACAACGUCCAAAACCUAAAAAGAAAAAUUCACAAUCAAGUGCUCAAAGAUUGGCUGCAGACUUUCCUAACCUGAAUUCCAAACGUCAUCAGCCCCCGCCUUCCCUCUUUAGUUCACAAGUCGAUAGUGACGAAGAGGCAGCAAACGGGGCUGCUCACAGGGUGCAUAAACCGAAACCAUCAUCUAUAAACGGUACUUAUAAAUCUAAUAUCACUUCUCCUGCCAGGGAAACAAGAUCAACGUUAAAGAAAUAUGGGGUAGAAACUCCGGACAGGGGAGAUUACUACACUGGUAGAAGUUCUUUUUCCCGACAGAGUAGCGAGUCGGGGACCGAUUCCUGGCUUGAACCGAGUCAGCCCCGCAUCCAGCGGAAAUAUGCAACUGGAAAUACUAGGACAAGGAGCACAUUGGAUAACCUCUUAAAUGAUAAUACGGAAUCUUCAUCACAUGACCUUUUAGGUCAUAUAGGUGGCGCUCCGGCUAGAAGAAAAGAGGCAAGGCCUAUUCCCAGACAGAAAGCAACAGUGACAACAGGAAACACCAGAAGUACAGCAAAGGUGAGGAGUAAUAUAUCAGCCAAAGAUGUGCAAAAAGAAAUGUCAAGAUACACUGCCAGUAAUGCUUCCAGUGGUGCUGCUCAAAAUAGAUCAAGCAAGCCUAAUAUUGAGGUACGUGUCCGUCCGAACGAGGCUGAUGAAUUAUCUGACCUAGUUACCGGAUCUCGGCAACGUACUCGUGCCAACAACGUUUUCGGCGCACAAACCAAUAAAACUUCAACAAAACGGAGGACAGACAAUAGAUAAUGAAACCACAACAUUCCAUAAGAAUAAACACCUGUGAUAAUUGCCAUUUAGUGUCCCGAUACCUUUUUUAAGUGUGAUAAUACUUCACUUUUAUAUGUAAUGUAGUGUCUUAAAUCAAUGUAUAUACAUAUAUAUUCACUUUUUUGCUAAGCAACAGAGUACAGUAUUUUUUACUCCUGAUAUAAUGUAUAUGAAAUAAUAAAGUGAUUGAUAAAUAUAUUAAGAAUAACAAGGUCUAUGCAAGUCUAGGGUAGAAAUAUUUAAAGGUUUAGACUCCCUAAAUUGUGUGAUAACUAGUAAUAAAGGCAUGCUAUUAAAACAGUGUAUGUGAUUUACUGUGUUUAUCUGUUGUACAAAUUUUUUUUUUGUAUCAUAAGACUUCUGUAAAAAAAAAAAAUCGUUUUUUAUAUUAAAGUUUGCCAAGAGUUCACCAGAGGAAAUAACAAUUUGCCCCAUAUAGAUUCUGUCACAUUAGGGGUGAUUUACCCUAGGGUAGUGUCAAUUUGUCACUCUCUUAAAUAAUCAUAUGAGCUUGUUAUAAAUCAUUUAACAAUAAUAAAUGCUUACAUUAAAUGUAUGUUUUGGUGUAAUUUUAUGAUUGAAAAAUAAGCUUUAAUAUAUGGGGCAAAUUGGGCAAAUCUAUAUAGAGAGAAUUGUCAGUGGGAGAGAUUGUUAUAUAAUCUGCCGGUUGCAUUCAUUAGAGUUAAGAUUUAUUUUACAUUGUAUAUUUUGUCUACUGUGCGCCAUUCCUUUAAGUGUCAGAAAGAUGCAUUUUACAAUGUCAAGAAUGUAUGCCAUAUUUUAUAUUGUUGUGUAAAAAAAAUAUCCUAAGUAAUUAACUAGAUAAAUUUUAUGUUUUUUUUAAAUAUUCAUUUCCACACUAUUUUCUGUUAAAUUUUAAUCACUAUUCAUCCCACAUUCAUUUGACCUUUAACCUGCUUGAAAGUGAUCAGCUUUUGCUACAAGGAUAAAGCUAGGCCAGCACAUUAUACUGUUGUUAAGCUCAAUAUAUAUGAGCUGUGUCACGAGAAAACCAA